AUGGGAGAGGGUGCGGCUCACCACGGCUAUGGCGAUGGAACGGAGGCAGAGUUGUUAAUAAUAGUGCAGGAUAGUGCACAGAUUGUUCUCUCUCCUGCCUUCCUCUCCCUCCCUCUCCUCCCCUCCCCCAAGGCGUGUCAAUCCAUCCGCCCUAUUCACUUUAAUCUUCAGCAGUGUCAAACUGUGGUGAAGGUUAGUUUUGACAGCUCCCUUCCUACCUUCUCCAUCGAUUCAAUCAGCUGA